AAUAAAAACUAAACAAAAAAUAUUUUCAAAAAUAGAAAUUUCAAAAUAAAUUCUAAUUUCUUUAAUAAUUUUUUCCUAAAACCUUCAGAAAAAUUAUGUUACCAAAUCCCUUACCUAUAAAAUUAACACAAAUUUCCGAACAAGCUUUAGCUCCUCAACAAGUACCCUUAAUUUUAGGUCAAGAUUUAUUUUUACUAACCCAACAGGAUGUACGCAAAAUAGAAGAUUCACGCUUAUUUAGUCUAAGCAAAUUAAUGCCUAAUGGUGAUUUAAAACUCAUAAAUUUACAAAAUCCUAACGAUUGUUUGAUGCAUUUAUUGAAUGGCGCAAAUCAACAAUUUCUCAAGUUAUUGGAAUUUUUAAAUGACAAACGAAAUGUAAAUGAACAUUUAACAGCAAUGUCAUUUGAACAGUGUUACACAUCUUGUCCACAACCCAUGGAAGUGUCUACGACGCAGUGUGAACAACCAGUGGUGGCUUCAAUUGAACAGCAACUGCAAUGGAAUAAAUGUGUUAAUACCUCAGCUCCAUUUCCCAUGACCUACUCCCAAGGAACAUCAAGCACGGAAAUAAAUUGGCAAACUCUAGACGACAGAAAACAAGAAAAUAUACACAAGCCCUGUUGUUGUUGCUGCCGCUCAAAAAGUCUAUGUAAUAAGAAAACCAAUACUCAAGAACAACAACAAAAUGAAUGCUGCUCUAGAUCAGAAGAAAUAUUAGGAGCUAGAGAACAAUUAAAGAGAAAAAAAUUAAAUUUUAACUUUAACUAUUUAACAUAAACUAAAAUACAAUAAUAGAAAAACGCAAUUUAUAAUUAAAAAUUUUAAAUUUAUAAAAAUUUCUGUACAGAAACAUUAGAGGAUUAUAUUAAAAUAAUGUAAUAAACAUUUACUUAAACAUAAUUAACUAGAC